AUUUUCCGUAUUUCCUUUAGCUCGUGCCUAUCAGCCUUGGGGUGAAAAUAACGAGGCCACUGAUCCAUAUAAGGUUAAUCUUACUUGAGCCGAAAUGAAACACAAUUCCAAUGUCCCAGCCUUUCUUACUAAGCUUUGGACUUUGGUGGAGGAUUCUGACACAAAUGAAUUCAUCUGCUGGAGCCAGGAGGGGAACAGCUUCCUCGUCUUGGAUGAGCAACGGUUCGCUAAAGAAAUACUGCCGAAGUUUUUCAAACACAACAACAUGGCCAGCUUCGUCCGACAGCUGAAUAUGUAUGGUUUUCGAAAAGUCAUGCACAUUGACACUGGUAUUGUCAAACAAGAACGAGAUGGGCCUGUCGAGUUCCAACAUCCAUACUUCAAACAUGGCCAGGAUGAUUUGCUGGAAAACAUCAAAAGAAAGGUCUCCACAAGCAGGCCAGAAGAGAACAAACUCAAACAAGAGGAUUUGUCCAAGAUCCUGUCCAGUGUUCAGAAUGUUCACGGAAAACAGGAGAGCCUGGACUCCAGACUUGCUACUCUGAAAAGGGAGAAUGAAGCCCUCUGGAGAGAAAUGUCAGACUUGCGACAGAAGCAUACCAACCAGCAGCAAGUCAUCAAAGAGUUGGUCCAGUUCAUCUUCACGCUUGUCCAGAACAACCGCAUCAUAAACUUGAAACGCAAAAGUAGGCCUCUUCUACUGAACAGUAACGGGAAGAAGUCCAAGUUCAUUCAUCAGAUCUUCGACGAGCAUACAGACCACGCCAAAGCAUCCGUCAAUGGACUCAGUGCCCCAAAAAACAGCGCAGAGAUAUCUGAGGACAUUAUCAUCUGUGACAUGACCAGCGAAGAGCCCGAGGUCACUGUGCCCUCCUCCCGGCUUAUGGAGCAGAUGGACGUGGAGAUCAUUGAGGUGACUGACGACAGUACGAGUGCAGCCAUGCCACCCGCCGCCUCCCUGCUGGACGAAGAUGACCUGGGUUUGGGAGCCGACGAGCUCUCCAGGAGUCCUGCAACAGCAGACGCCUUCCCCAGCAGCAGCAGCAGCAGCAGCGCCCUGCAACAGCUCAACAAGCCCAGUGCCCUCAGCCAGGAAGACCCCCUGAAGAUGAUGGACUCCAUCCUGAAGGAGAGCGGCGCCAUCUCGCAGAACAUCAACCUCCUCGGGAAAGUGGAGCUCAUGGACUACCUGGACAGCAUUGACUGCAGCCUGGAAGAUUUUCAGGCCAUGCUGUACGGAAAGCAGUUCAGCAUCGAUCCAGAUCUUCUGGAGGGAACAGACCCAUCCAAAGGAACCAUUGAGUUGCUGUCCAGGGAAGCAAAGGUGGAUGACGACAAUGCAGCAGACAAGCAGCUUAUCCAGUACACCAGCUGUCCUCUGCUGGCCUUCCUGGACGGCUGCACCCCCUUGGCCCCGUCCGAGCCCAAAACCUCCGUCCCCAUCUGCGCGUCCACGAGCAGCCACCCGCCCAUGUCCGCCCUCACGGCCUCCAGCCUGCUGGAGACAGACUCUCUUAUGGGGGUUGGGUCCAGCACGCUGCCGGACCACGAGCCACCAGCCGAUUUGCUGGCCAUCCCAUCCGAGAGCAUCGACAAACCGCGAAGCAGCACACUCAUCCGCCUGGAGCCACUAACGGAGGCAGAGGCCAACGAGGCGACUCUCUUCUACAUGUGCGAGCUCAACCCAGAGAGCUUGGAGGGGCACGGGACCACCUCUUUGGAGCUGUGAGGGAGCGUAGCUUUCGACAGCAGGCGGAUGGGACUGUUCGACAAUGACACAAUCGACAAUGUUGAAGAUUAUUUAAAAAAAAGGGAUGGACCUUUUUGUACAUAUUCAUCAAAAUGAUGAUUAUUUAUUUCCAAGUAUCUUUUGGUACACACUGCUUGUCCACUGUUUUUAUUUCUUUGUGUGUGUGUGGUUAUUAAGUUAGAUGUUUUCUUACUUUUUUAUAUUAUUUCCUCAUGGAUGACAUACCAUCAACUGUUUGCAGAAGAUUUUCCUUUAAAAAUAACAAAACAAAACAAAAACAAAAAGGCACUCACGCUAUAGUUUAUUUUAUGUUAUUGUUUUAUGCCUUUAGAGAGCUAGUGCACUGGACAUCAAAAAACUGCACGGGAAGACGGUUUUAUGUUUCUGUAAAAUUAGGAAAAAUCGGUUAACAGUGAGGGGCACUCAACACCCUUACUGUAUACACACUUGGGGAAGUGCCUGCCUCUCCGUCUUGUAUCAUCUUUAGUAUUAUUGUUGCUCUUGAUUAUUAAUGGCCAGUGUUCUUCAACUCAAUGUUCAGAAUUUCAAUUAGUCAGCACUUUGUUUAUAUCCUUCAUGGAGGAAUAGGCAGAUGUCUGUGUGAUGGUUAGACUUUCCUGCAAGCAUAUUGUCUCUCUCAGGCUUGUCUGUACAAUUAAAGGAACUGCAACUGCA